AUGCAAUCCUCACCAUCUUACCGCGAUACCUCAUACAUUCCGCUCGGCGAACGGCGAGGAAGAUCAGAUCUGGCGCGCUUCUCUCUUGACACGAGUUGGGCUAGCGCGGUGUCCGACAGUGCUCGGUCGAGGGCAUACCCGUCUCCUCCCAUGUCAGGAUCUCCGCCGCUUCCACCAAGACGAAACCCCGAUUCAACGGAUCGUGGUUACGGAAGCUAUGGAUCAAGCGGGCAAGACGUUUUGCCUGGGACUCAAACGCCUCAAUCAGACACAUCGGAGCCAAGAGGGCCACAGUUGAGGGCAUAUCAACCAGAGCAGCAUCCUCAGCCAUCGUAUUCCACAUAUCGAAUGGAGGAUAUACAACCAACACCACCACAUUCUUACCAACAGCGGGGACCGCCAAUUGUACCGCAUAUGGUGCAGCAGCAACAUCCUUUGUAUCAAUCGCAGGCGCCGCAGCCUCCUGGGCAAUUCUCAACGGCAGAUCGACCACCAACGGGAGAGGUUGCCGAUUAUUCUGAAUCACCCAAAGCACAGAGAAAGACAAAGGGACAUGUGGCCUCGGCUUGUGUUCCCUGCAAAAGGGCGCAUCUUAGGCAAGUCUCUCCGAAUGGGGAACGUUCUGACCGCGUAGAGUUGAGGCUAAUAGUAUGCAGAUGUGACGCACAGCGCCCGUGCUCUCGCUGCCUAGCUAACGGGAAGGAGGAUGCUUGUGUCGAUGUACAACACAAGAAAAGAGGCCGGCCGCGAUUGCGCGAUGAAAGGGAACAACGUUACGAAAGCAUGGGGCCGGGGUAUUCUCACUCACAGCACGAUGCUUCUGUCAGACGUCCUCUGUCCUUUCACUCCGCAGAACCUUCCAUGACUCCAGCAUUUGGCGGAGACUCACUUCAUAGGUCGGGGUCUUAUAGGGUCUUGAAAUCUCAAGGUCCUCUUGCUCCCAGAUAUAUGGAUCAUGCAUCUUCUGUAGAUGCCAAUAUGUUUGGUGGAUCGAUGCCACCAGCGCCGCGAAUGCUGCCAGCCCACGAACCGCUAUGUGCAUAUCUUACCAUGGAGAUGCAGAUUGCAAAAGUUACUCGAAGCUUUGGUGACACUGUCGGUCUACAGGCCGUUGUUGGGAAAAGGCUUCAGGACAUCAUAGUCGCCAACGAUCGUGAAAAGGUAAUGCGACUCCAGAGGAUUCUCGAAGACGAACGCCGCGCAAGAGAGCCGAGCUAUCUCCCUCCAAUCUUCUCAAAAUACGAGGAAGAUCGGAUUAUCAAAUCUGUGGGGUUUGGGCCGGAUGAGAUUGGACAGCUGUUACUGGAGCAUCAGGACUUGGUCAUGUUCCAGGGGUCUGAAGGACAACACCAGCCGCUCCAGGCUCGGUUUGGGUUGGCGAAAAGGGAGUCGACAUAUUUUAUUGCGGUGAUAUUUCAAGUACCUGCGACCCCGCAGACGUCCUAUCAGCCGGUCGCUCGAGAUUAUCCUCGGGAGUCGCAAUAUGGAUAUCAGACGUCACAGCAGGCGUAUCCUCCAGGCCCAUCCUCUUUCGCUCCUAAUCCUGUUUAUGGUGACCCUCGCGGAGAUUUGAUGUAUAGAGCUUCUGUCCCGAAUGUUCCCAUAGUAUCAAGUAUGCCGCCCUUCUCGCAGCCGCAAACAAGGCCGGAUUAUUCCCCCCAAAGCCAAAAUCCUUAUCAGACGCCACGGAGUGAAUUGGCACAAGGACAACCACAGCGCCAACACGAUCUCCAACUCCCUCCGAUUCGAGAUCACCGUGGGGAGGCAUCUGCUGCAAAUAUGUCGCACCGACGAGAUGAUCGAACCGGCCGACUCGAUAUUGGCGGUCUUUUGGAGCAACCGCGCAACACAGGGGGUAGAUGA